CUGCACUACGGGACCCUGCUGGGCAGCAGAGCUUGUGCCACCAUGGCAGCAGCUGCCUGGGGCACUGGGGUCCUUAAUUCCGUGCUGCACACUGCCAAUACAUUUUCCCUGCCUCUGUGCCAUGGCAAUGCUGUGGAUCAGUUCUUCUGUGAAAUCCCCCAGAUCCUCAAGCUCUCCUGCUCACAGUUCUACCUCAAGGAAAUUUCACUUCUUGUAUUUAGUAUAUCUUUAGCAUCUGGGUGUUUUGCUUUCAUUCUUUUCUCCUAUGUGCAUGUUUUCAGGGCUGUGCUGAGGAUGCCCUCUGAUCAGGGACGGCACAAAGCCUUCUCCACAUGCCUCCCUCACCUGGCUGUGGUCUCCCUCUUUGUCAGCACUGCCACAUUUGCCAAUCUGAAGCCCCCAUCACUUUCCUCCCCAUUCCUGGACCUGGUGGUGGCAGUGUUAUACACGGUGGUGCCUCCAGUCAUGAACCCCAUCAUCUACAGCAUGAGGAACCACGAGAUCAAGCAAGCUCUCAGGACACUCUUUGGAGAUACAUUGCUUCGGCACCACUAA